GGGAGGGGCGAGGCGUACUCUGGGCGGAAGGGACUGGGGUUGUCCAAUCAGAUUCUCGCCUGUCCAGAGUUUUAGCGUUGCCAUCUACGUCUAGUUGAGACCCUUUUGGAACCUUGCUGCUUGUGACUGUAGUCGGCGAUUUGGGACUCCUUCAUACCAAAUGGUGCUGAGCCGGCUGAAACCACAGUCAGAAAAGAAACUUACAAAACAAAUUUGCAAAGUUGUGUUGGAUCAUUUUGAGAAGCAGUAUAUCAAAGAGCUUGGAGAGUCAUGGAUUGCAGUAAGGGAUAUCUUAACAUCUCCCACAUGCUGGCAAUAUGCAGUCCUCCUUAAUAGAUUCAACUACCCUUUCCAACUGGAGAAGGAUUUACAAGUAAAGAGAUAUCACACCCUUUUUCAAGGAUAUUUUCCCUACUAUCCUAAAUCACUGAUGUGCUAUGUUAGUAGAAUUCCUGAACGAAUACCUUCAGAUAAAUAUCAAAUUGGUAAAAUUAAAGGAUAUUAUCUUCUAAAUGCUGCCUCCCUUCUCCCAGUGUUGGCUCUGGAAUUGCAAAAUGGAGAAAGAGUUUUGGAUAUGUGUGCCGCUCCUGGGGGCAAAUCAAUAGCUCUUUUACAGUGUGCCUAUCCAGGUUAUUUUCACUGUAAUGAGUAUGAUAAUUUGAGAUCAAGAUGGUUGAAGCGGACACUAGAAUCCUUCAUCCCACAACCCAUGACGAACAUAAUAAAAGUGACGGAAUUGGAUGGCAGACAGAUAGGACAUAUUCAUCCUGAAAUGUUUGACAAGAUAUUGGUUGAUGCUCCAUGUUCAAAUGAUCGAAGUUGGCUGAUCUCUUCUGAUACCCAGAUAGCAUCCUAUAGGUUAAAUCAAAGGAAGAAAUUGCCUAUUAUACAGAUAAAACUACUAAGAUUAGUGUUCCAACUGCUGCAAAUUUAUAUUUUGCUGGAGUGUUUAGAGGAGGUAGCAGGUAUUCUCAGGAGAAUGCAAAGGAAUACCCACUACACAAAGAUUGUAGUCCCUGAAGGCCAGGACCAUUUUCACUUCUUUCUUUGGAUAUUCAAUACCUUAGCACAGUUUGUGGCACAUAAGCCCUCUAGAUACAGUGGCAAGACACAGAACAGGACUCUGAAGAUCACAAACUAUCAUGAUUAUACAUGAGAAACCGUGGAAAUCAUCUGGUCCAGCUCCUUCAAACUUACCAUUGAGGAAAUCCAAAAAAGUAGUGUCUUCUCUAGUGAGACCUAAAUAGGAAAUAACUGAGCUGCAAAUCAAAUCUAUGGCUUUUGAUUCCAAAACCAAUUUCUUUCUCUUGGACUUAUCUGUAGAAGCUGAAAGUGAAUAUCCUGUGAUUGAUUCAAUAGGACUAUCAGCACCUCUUUUUUGAACCUUUUUUUCUUCCUCUUCUGCCACCCAUAUCAAACAGCAUGGGUGAUGCUUUUUCUUCCUCUCUUAUCUACCGAGUCUUUUUUUUUUUUUUAAGUUUUAUUGAUGCUCUUUUUUUCCCCUACAUCAAUGUCACUUCCCACUAAUUCUGCUUCCUUCCAACAAAGUCCCCCUUUCUAAUAAACAAGAAUUGUGGAAAAAAAUAAAUCAACACAUCAUCAAAAAUGUUUGUCUCAUUUGAAACCUAUGACAAGAAGUGGGAGGUAGGAUUACCCAUCAGUCUUCUUAAAUUAUGAUCUUUUCUUCUUCAUCAUCAGCACUGACAACUACUGUCUAGGAGGUGCCAGCAUUGUCUUACUUCAGAAGCUGAGACAAUAUGAGGCAUUAAACUUUUAACAGAUAACUUUACAUUUUCCCAAUACAGCAAGGAUGUGCACCAAAUAUAGAGUGGCACUUAGUUUCUCAUCUCCAUUUGGAAAUGGUCAGAGGGAAGGGUGAGGUAACUAAAGAGGGCUUCAGAAGUCUACCAAGUCAUAGGGACCUGGACUCCACAAAGCUGGGACUUUGCAUAUCCUUAGAUGACAAGAAAGUUGAGUUAGUGAAACCCUGAUCACACUAUCAUGAUGAGUUUUCUAUUGCUCCUGGGAUAAGCAUUAUUAUUUCCUCUAGCUUCAAAUUUGCGCAAUAGAAAGUCUUUAUCACGAUGGAGGUAAUGAGGAUAACUUAUAUAAAUUGUUGGUCAUAAUUAAGCCUAUCCUGUUCUAAAUUAGUUUGGGAAUAGACCAAAGAAGAGACUACCCUACCAGUUUUUCCCCUGGAGUGAUUUGGUGGGCAAAGCCAAAAUUAUUUCAAGAGUUGUGACUGUCAUUGCUCAUUCCUUUCUGCAUGAGUUUUAUCUGUAUAACCUCAUUUGAGACUUUGAAUUCUGAAUAGGAAACUCAGAGGACUGGCAAAGACUAUGAGGCUUCAUUAAUAUACAGGGCUUACAUGCACAUUAAGUGUGUGAAAUUGCACUGACAAGAUUAUAUUGGUUGCCUGCUAUGCCAUGAUAAACUGAAAUAUAUGCCCAAUCUACUUAGACCAGACUAAAUACAGAAGUGUUAUAUUAGACAGAACCUUUGGGUGACUAUAUAAAGAACAAAAUCCAGAAAUCAUACCAUUUAAAAAGAUCUGCAAUCACAAUUAUACCUGCCUCCUCUUAAAUGAUACAGGGCCCGCCUGAAAUGUGCCUGUUAUACAAUCUUUCUGAAUAGUAAAUGAUUUCAACUAUACAGAGAGGAGAGGAAUAUUCAUGUUUACUUUUAAAUUUCACUUUGCAUGAAUAGAGUUGUCUUGGGCUUUGAACUUAGAGGAUUCAAAUGAUAAUAGUUUGCAUUUCUCUGUUCUCCAGCUUACAAAGUGCUUUUCACAUAAAAACCUUUAUGUGGCAGGAAGAUAGGAAGAUAGUUAGUACAAUUAUUAUUUUCCUGAAACCGACAGAGGAAGAUACUGCAGUAGCAGAGUAGGUAAGAGUUAUCUUUGGAGCCAGGUAGAUGAGGGUUCAAGUGCUGCUCCUGAUAUAUUAUGCUAUAUGAUACUAGCAAGUCCUUUAAUUUCACAGGGGUCUGGGACAGCUCUCUAUAAUUGUAUGUUAAUUGACAAUCAGCAGCAUCAGGACAAGUUAUUUCCUUCAGCAAAUCUCCUACAUUGUUGAUAGCAUAUGUAUGAACAACAACAAUAAAAAUUCCACAUACGAGGAAAUGGGUAAUCACAGAAAUUAAAUCCUUUCCAAGUGUUUAACAAAGUGGAGGUUCUUAAUAAAUGCUUGUUAAAUGCCCCAAGAUCAUACAUAAUAACUGGCAGAGUAAGGACAUAAAUCCUGAUUUUCUAACUUUACAUUCAGUGUUCCUUCUAUUCUAACAUGUUGCAAAUCUUUUCAACAGAAUGCUUUGUUUAUUGAGAAAGAAAACAGCAACCUUGUCUUUGCCCCCUAGGGGAAAAAUGAGAGCAAGAACUACACGUUACAGGUAGAUUUUUAGAGGAAUAAGAAAAAGAAUGCUGCAAGAACUAGAACUGUUUUAAAAUACAAUGAGCUUUCAUUUGAGAUAUUGGCUUUAUUAUCACUGAAAAUCUUCAAGUGAAGGACUUUUGAACAUCAGGGAGGGAUAUUAACAGUGGUGACUGAUGUUUUGAGUAUAAGUUGGACCAGACAUUCUAAGAUUUUUUAUCCACUUUCAAAGAGUUGUAGUGAGGAAUGUACUUUGAAAAUCUUAAAGUAUUAAAUGUGAAUUAUGAUUAUUAUGAUGGUGAUAAUAUCAUCACUAGAUCAUCAACAAAGUGCUAUCACUAUCAAAAAUCGUUCAUUUUUGGGAAUCCCCCAAAUAAUGUUUUACAUUUGCAUUAAGUUCAGUCAUCUUUCACCUAGAGGACAUAAAGUAUUUAAAAGAUAUGGUUUGUUGUCUGUCAAAGGGGAGACUAGUGAGCUAUGUCUUUUAUUAAUUAUGCUUUUUAUCUUUUAUCUCUUUUGUAAAAUAACAAAAGCCAAACUUGGAAUAAGAAUUCAAAUUUCCAGAUUGGGCAUUCCCUAGAUGUUACAUUCACUUAAACUUUCUCAGCUUUGUUAUUCCCAACUGCAAAAUGGGAAUAAAAA